CCUGCGUUUCCAGCACUCUUCUUCUCACGACGAGAGAUUUCUGCAUUUCGCUGCCGUAUACGGCCGAUUUUCCGCCGGAGAUUCUUCGUCUUCGUCCUCUCCACAAUAUCUGAAAGAGAUGGAACCCAUAAUUCUCCCAGAUUAUGGCUGGAAGACUCAGGUCAUCUUGCCAUGUUGUCAGAGGCUUGGCUUGACUUCUUUAUACACGCUGAGUUUCUCUCAAACUCGGACAUUGGUAAAUGUUUCAUAUCUAAGCAAUUAUGGAUUGUCAUUUGUUGCUGCUAUUAGGAGCUUUUGCCGUUAUUCAUGUUGUUCAAGCUCAGGAUCAACAAGGUAUCCACUUCUUAGUGGUUUCUAUGUACAUACAUCUCUACUUCUUCUUAACGCAUCCUUUGAGUCUCAAUCAUGUUUUUCUUACUUGAGAAAGCUUUCGAGUCUCACUCUUUUCUUAAAAGUAAACCCUUCAUGUCUUUUAGCAGGGUUCAUCAGUUUGGAUUGCGGGUUACCCGUGACUGAACCGUCUCCUUAUACAGAGCAAUCAACCGGACUACGGUUUUCGUCUGAUGCAAAGUUCAUCCGGAGUGGUAAAACCGGUAAAAUCCAGGCGAAUCUGGAGAGUGAUUACCUGAAGCCGUACGUGAGGCUGAGAUAUUUUCCGGAUGGGAUACGGAACUGCUAUACUCUGAGUGUUGAGAAAAACAGGAAGUAUUUGAUCAGGGCUGGGUUCAUUUAUGGGAACUACGAUGGUCUUAACUCCUACCCGGAAUUUGAUCUACAUCUAGGCCCUAAUCCGUGGACAACUAUAGAUUUGCAAGAGUUUGUGAAUGGUACAGUGCGGGAGAUCCAUCACACCCCAACAUCAAACUCGUUGCAGAUUUGUCUUGUUAAGACAGGGACAACUACACCGAUGAUCUCAGCCUUGGAAUUACGGCCGUUGGGAAAUAAUUCUUAUAACACAAAGUCGGGUUCCCUGAAACUUUUCGGUCGAAUAUACGCCAACAAGACAAAAGGCUUUCUACGGUACCCGGAUGAUGUUUAUGAUCGGAGAUGGUUUAGUUUUUUUCUGACGAGUUGGACCCAAAUUUCCACCACCCUCCAAGUGAGCAAUGAUAACAGUUAUGCUCCACCAAAAAUAACGCUUUCAACGGCUGCUACGCCUUCCAAUGCCAGUGCGCCAUUGACAAUCAGUUGGACACCAGAUAAUCCUGGUGACCAGUAUUACUUAUACAGCCACUUCGCUGAGGUACAAGAUUUACAGGCCAACGGUACCAGGGAAUUUGACUUGUUAUGGAAUGGAGCGGUUACUACUGAAGCUUUCGUUCCUUCAAAGUUAGUGUUAGAUACUUUCCUGAAUACUUCUCCAUUGAAUUGCGAAGAAGAGAAAUGCAUCUACCAGCUAAUAAAAACCUCUAGAUCAACUCUUCCUCCUCUACUUAACGCUCUUGAGAUCUACACGGUUAUCCAAUUCCCACAAUCGGAAACAAAUGAAAACGAUGUGGUUGCUAUCAGAAAUAUCGAAACUGCCUAUGGAUUGAGUAGAAUUAGGUGGCAAGGAGAUCCUUGCGUCCCUAAAAUGUAUGCGUGGGACGGGUUGAACUGUAGCAACACCGAUAUUUCUACACCUCCAAGAAUAACGUCAUUAAACUUGUCUUCAAGCGGUUUAACUGGAACCAUAGCAGCUGCUAUUCGAAACCUUACGCAGCUACAAAAACUGGACUUGUCAAAUAACACAUUGACUGGAGGGGUGCCCGAGUUUCUAGCCCAGAUGAAAUCGUUGGUGCUCAUAAACUUAAGCGGGAACGAUCUUAAUGGUUCCAUUCCUCGAGCUCUUCAAAAAAAGGGACUAGAGUUACUAGUACAUGGAAACCCAAGGCUUUGUCUCUCGGGUUCUUGCACAGAAGACUCCAAGAAGAAAUUUCCAGUGGUAAUUGUUGCAUCAGUUGCAUCUGUGGUCGUAAUCGUUGUUGUGCUGGUUCUUAUUUUUGUUUUCAGAAAGAAAAAGCCGUCACCUGUGGAAGUCUUACAACGUUCACCGAAUACGCCAAUAGUGAAUGAUACAUAUGCUAAUUCAUCUGAGCCAUCAAUUGAGACGAAAAAGAGAAGGUUCACUUAUUCAGAAGUUAUGAAAAUGACGAAUAAUUUCCAAAGAGUUGUAGGUGAAGGUGGAUUUGGUGUCGUGUGUCACGGUACUCUAAAUGGUUCCGAACAGGUAGCUGUUAAAGUACUCUCUCAAUCAUCAAGUCAAGGCUAUAAGCAUUUUAAGGCAGAGGUCGAUCUUCUUCUAAGAGUUCACCAUACAAAUUUGGUGAGCCUCGUUGGAUAUUGCGAUGAAGGAGAUCACUUGGCUCUUAUCUACGAGUUUCUGCCAAAUGGAGACUUAAGACAGCAUCUAUCUGGAAAACGUGGUGGGUCCUUUAUCAACUGGGGCAAUCGGCUACGAAUAGCUUUGGAGGCUGCACUAGGAUUGGAAUAUUUACAUUCUGGAUGCACACCGCCUAUUGUACAUAGAGAUAUCAAAACUACAAACAUACUGUUGGACGAACAGUUAAAGGCCAAGCUCGCUGAUUUUGGGCUUUCGAGAUCUUUUCCUGUUGGAGGUCAUGAAUCCCAUGUUUCAACCGUGAUUGCUGGUACCCCUGGAUACCUUGAUCCAGAAUAUUACCGUACAAGUCGGCUGGGUGAGAAGAGCGAUGUGUACAGUUUUGGAAUUGUGUUAUUGGAGAUGAUCACCAACCAACCAGUGAUCGACCAAUCCCGUGGAAAGUCCCACAUAACACAAUGGGUUGGGUUUGAGCUUAACCGAGGAGAUAUUACUAAGAUCAUGGAUCCAAACCUGCACAGGGAUUACGAGUCUCGUUCUGUAUGGAGAGCUCUUGAACUGGCAAUGUCGUGUGCGAAUCCUUCUUCGGUGAACCGACCAAACAUGUCCCAAGUUGCUAAUGAACUGAAAGAGUGUCUUGUGACUGAAAACUCGAGGAGAAAUAUGGAGUCUCACAGUUCUCCUGAAGUGAGCAUGAGCUUUGACACUGGGAUGUUUCCCAGGGCAAGAUAGGUUUUGCUGGUACACAAGCCAAUUACUCAGACUCAGCCGUGUAAAAAGUAUGUAAGAGAAACCGGUCCUUUUCGAUUUGGCUACUUGUCACGAUCAUAUUCUUUUGUUAUGUGGUAAUGUUUUAAUUCUUUGUAAUAUGUGCGUGAAUCUUGAGUGCAACGCUGUGAAAUUCCAUGGGAUGACUCUUUUGGAUUGGAUCUGAACCCGUUUUGCUUAUAAUCACUGUUUGUGAUUUUGAGUUUCUUGAAGGAACAUGAGCUUGCCACUUAGAUGGUUUCCCGGGGAAAAGUUGCUGUAGUUUGUGUAGUAAUUAACAUGAACAGGGUGUGUCCUCUAUUUAUUAUCUUUAAUAGUACACUGUUGCCUACUUGCGGUUCCGAAUAUGUAAUCAAGGAAAAGAUAUUCUUCAUGGACUUGUGUUACAUAAUUUAUUCUCCUUUGAUGUAGCAAUUUAUUCCCUAACGUGCAUCUGGGUCUGCUCCUUAUUUUCCACUAAUAGUGAUGUUGGAGCAUUGUUGUCCUCUCAACCCUUACU